AUGGCGAGCAAGUGGGUGCCUCUUGAACAGGAGGCUCUCGCAGCUGUUCAAACAAUCCUGGCCGAUUGCGCACGACCAGUGCUAUCUCACCUUGGUGUUAUCAAGGGCCCGAAUAGUGAGCGGCGCCAGGAACUGUCCCGUCUCGCUAUUUCUGCCACAACGCGACGACUACGGUCCAAACUCGUCAAAGGUAUCCCAUUCCCACCGCCGGCUGGUCAUGUUGGCCGUACAUCAAAGGCAGCCAGACGCAGCGGCUGCACACAAGAGUCCGAUUUUGACUUUGAACGCACGUUGGAGUGUGUGAAGUCACUCGAACAACAGCUAGACCCACUUCAGCACUCCAUUACACUGCUUGAGGAGCAACGCAAACGUGAGGAGCGCACGCUGGAAGCGGACUAUGCGGCACUGCGGCAGCUUGAGAUCAAUGCACAAGCGGAGACACGCACGUGGCGUGAUCGGACUCGCCGGUUGCACGUCCUAGCGCCCACCGGUGAUAAAGCAUCGCAGUCCUUAAAGUUUCAGGCCAAUGUAGAGCUAUUAGAAAGGCCAGACAAGAAUUGCGAUGGCGGCAUCUACGAGGACAUCGACAAGGGGUUGUCAGCACUAUCCGCACAGCUAGGGAGCCACAUGGAAAGCUUGAGGAACAACCUGCUGCAAGUCCAAGACGUGGUGCCAGCUAUUGCGCAAAGCAAGGCGGUCCUGCAACAAGCUCUGCGCAGGCAUCUGGAUGACCGGCAAUUCGCGCACGUCGUUCUAGGCAAUUGA